CUGCCCAGCAAAUUUUUGUCCAGCUAUAGCAGCGCAAAACCGAUCGAUCGAUCAGAAAGAAAUUAAUUAAGAUGAUGAUAACUACGGCAUCGAUGGCCCUGCGACCGACUUUACUGUUAGCCUCCACGGCCGCCAGCGGGGGGCCGCCGCGGGCGAUCCCGGGCAGCUACGGCCUUCCACUGCUGGGCCCUCUGAAGGACCGUCUGGACUACUUCUGGUUCCAAGGCCCCGACGAGUUCUUCCGCCGACGCAUGGCCGCCCACGGCAGCACCGUCUUCCGCACCAACAUGCCCCCGACCUUCCCCUUCUUCGUCGGCGUCGACCCCCGCGUCGUCGCCCUCCUCGACUGCGCCUCCUUCGCCGCGCUCUUCGACGCCUCCCUCGUCGACAAGCGCGACGUCCUCAUCGGCCCCUACACCCCCAGCCUCGCCUUCACCGGCGGCACCCGCGUCGCCGUCUACCUCGACCCCUCCGAGCCCGCCCACGCCCGCGUCAAGUCCUUCUGCCUCGACCUCCUCCGCCGCAACGCCCGCGCCUGGCCCUCCGAGUUCCUCCGCAGCCUCGACGCCAUGCUCUCCGCCGUCGAGUCCGACAUGCCCUCCGCAGGCAAGCCGGCCAACUUCGUCCUCCCCCUGCAGAAGUGCAUAUUCUCCUUCCUCUGCAGGUGCAUGGUCGGCGCCGACCCGUCGGCCGACCCCACCAUCGCGGAAUUCGGCUUCGCCAUGCUCGACAAGUGGCUGGCCCUGCAGCUCCUCCCCACCCAGAAGGUCGGGGUCAUCCCCCAGCCGCUGGAGGAGCUGCUCCUCCACUCCUUCCCCUUCCCCUUCGCCCUCGUCAGCGGCGACUACCGCAAGCUCUACGACUUCGUCGACAAGCACGGCGGAGAGGUCGUCCGGCUGGCCGAGGCCGAGUACGGCCUGAAAAAGGACGAGGCCAUCAACAACAUCCUCUUCGUCCUCGGCUUCAACGCCUUCGGGGGAUUCUCCGUCUUCUUCCCUUUCCUGAUCUCGUCGAUCGGGGGCGACAGGUCGGGCCUGCGGGCGAAGCUGAGGGAGGAGGCGAGGCGCGUGCUGGAGGCGAAGGAGCUGGGGUUCGAGGCGGUGCGGGAGAUGGAGCUGGUGCGGUCGGCCGUGUACGAGGUGCUGCGGAUGAAGCCGCCGGUGCCGCUGCAGUACGGGCGGGCGCGGGCGGACUUCGUGCUGCGGUCGCACGACGCCGCCUUUCAGGUGGCCAAGGGGGAGCUGCUGUGCGGGUACCAGCCGGCGGCGAUGCGGGACCCGCGGGUGUUCGACGACCCCGACUCGUUCGUGCCGGAGCGGUUCGUGGGGGAGCGGGGGAGAGCCCUGCUGCAGUAUCUGUAUUGGUCCAACGGGCCGGAGACCGGGCGCCCCACCACGGAGAACAAGCAGUGCGCGGCCAAGGACUACGUGGUGGACACGGCGUGCCUGCUGGUGGCGGAGAUGUUCAGGCGCUACGAUGACUUCCAGUGCGAUGACGGCGGGCUGGCAUUCACCAAGCUCGACAAAGCUACCAUGGCGCAAGUUAAGUGAUGAGGUGAUUAUUUAGGAAAAAAAGAACAUUAUGCUACUCUGACUAUUUUUCCAAUUGUAAUAUUAAUUAAAAUAAAUUAUCCAGACAUAAUAGCUUAA